AUGUCUUCACGUCGGACUAUGAGCUUCUUCGAACAAGACCAUGCUGCUACCAACCGUCCUGGUGGAGGCCGACUCCCAUUUCGGAGAAACAAUACCAAUGCUGCGAAUUCCGGUGUCCCGAAACCCCUCGCCGGUCAACCUCUCAAGAAAACCGUCUCUGACCCGGUGUCUCUAAAGACAAAGGAAAAACUUGGUGCCUUCACUCACAAGAAUACUGCUGCCGCUCCUAUAAGCCGAACUAAAACUGGACCGGCGGGUCCAACUUCAAAAUACCCUGUAACGUCAAUUGCUCGAACAAAUGCUCUUGUGAAUGACGCCCCAGGGGUAAAAGUCACUGCGCCAGUAGAUUCCUCACCACCAUUACCGCCGCCGCCGCCGCCGCCGCCGCCGCCCCCUCUCCCUUCAACUGUUCACAAGGAGAAUAAACCACAUGAUGGCCGUUUACCUAUUAAAAAUACAAAACCAUCCGACAAGAUCGAUAGGACGCCUGCUCCCAAGAAGCAUGCCAAAUUUGCAGUCGGAUCAGUGCCAGCUGGCGAUCAUAAGGACGUCCCUUGCACACCACAGCAUCGAUUCGCUCUGAAUGACUUGCUCACGCAAGCCAACACGACCCCCUCCGUCUCCAAAUGCGCUGAGGAAGCAUCUCCAGAGGUUAGAGUCUCCUGGAAGAGUUCUCCGAAAAGGCUUCAAGGAAGGAAGGUUGCAGAUCGAGUCUCCAUGCAUAAGAAAAGGCCCAGAAGCUCCUCUCCCUCAACCACGCCACAGCCUAGCAAACGUGUACAAGAACAACUCGCUUUCGACAUAUCCUCACCUGCUCUUAAAACGCCAAUGGCAAACCCGUUCGAGGAUGCUUGGAGCAAACGACUUAAAGAUUUUCCUAGUGCUGGUGUUCCCACCGCUAAAGGUGAAGGUUACUUUGACGGAAGCUCGCCUAGCGCGGUGCCGACUAUUUUUGAUUCACCAUCUGCAUUUCGAAGGUCAUUGAGCGCCCCAACCAAGCGCCUCAAACUAGCAGCCGAUACAACCAAGGAAGCCAACAUAUCACAGGCAAAGAAUAUCAGGAAACUAGGAAGACGUGGUGGUGCUACCGCUCGUAAUCCAGCGAACGAACGUGUGUCUAGUUUGUUGGCGAGACUUCAGGAGAAUACUAAAGCAGCAGCUCUCCAAAAAUCAGAUACUGCCCCGGCUUCUAUCGACUCAUCGCUCUACAGAUAUGAUGAUGCUUCCGCUUCAAUCGAGAACCUGAUAACCCCACCUGUCGAUGAUAAGGGUCCCUGGGAAAGGGAAAGCUCCGUCCUAAGGUCCAGGCGAUCGAUGUCCAUAAUUUCUGGUGGUAAUUCGAGGCAAGCAACGAAAGAGCCUUCUCCAGUGCCCAUUCGUGCUCAGGAACCAAAAUCGGAUGAUUAUGGACUCGAUGAUGACGAUGACGAGGAAAUGUUUGAGUUGGUGGAAAGUACUUGUCGCCCAGCCGAGCCUGUUGAGGAUGGCAAUAAAGUUGUUGAAGAACAGAAGGCUGGCAAUGUUAAAGGCGAGGACUCGGAUGAUUACGGGCUUAAUGACUUUGACGAUGAUGAUGACUGGGAGGCGGAUAUUGCUAAAGCAGUAGCCGGAAAUGAAACCCCUAAAGUGUCUAAGAAAACCUCUAGAUCACCUUUCAAGAAGUCACCGGCUUCUCCAAAGAAACGAGCCAAGUCACCUCUUGCAAUUUUAUCAGAUGAUGAUUAUGGAAGCGACUUUGAUCCUGAUGAGAUAGUUAAAGACACAAAAUCCCGGGCCAUCCAAAGAUUCGUGGUAUUAGACGUAUUUGAAGAUGAUUAUAUUUCAAGCGCCGGGGCAACCCGACCUGAAAAGGCGCUCCGCGUCGAAGACGAAAAGACGCGGACAGAGCGACGGGUCCUAUUACGACAAGCUUGGAUGGAUUGUGAUGUGCGAGAAGGUGAUAUUGUCAAUGUUAUAGGAAGCUUUGACGCAACUCUCACUUGCAUUAUUGAUAAUUCGCAGAACAUGCUUAUCCUUCAUCCUGAUAUCCUGUUAUCUGCUACGGCGGUCGCAGAUUCGUUCGACUGUAUCAGGUUAGCGACUCUGAGGGAACGAGUAAAGGCUAUUUCGGAUGCGUCGCAAUGGAGCGUUUAUGGAAAUAUCUUGCAUGAGGUAUUCCAGAUGGCGCUCAGUGCGAAUGAUUUUUCGACUUCUUUUUUGGAGAAGGAAAUCAGUCGGAUCCUUUUGGCGCAGAUGGUGAAUUUGUACGCCGUGAGGGUCACACCGAGUAUGGCUAUUGACCAUCUACGGACACAAUUGCCAUUGUUGCAGGAUUGGGCUAAACUAUUCGUAUCUGCAAAACCGAAGCCGGAUGCUAUGGUAAAGGGACACCGGUCAGCGGAUGCCAAUAUAGCUAUUCGAAAAGUCUUGGACGUUGAGGAACAUAUUUGGUCGCCUAAGUUUGGGCUUAAGGGUAAUAUCGAUGUGACCGUUGAGGUGGAUGUGCGGGAUAUUAACGGCCAGAGUGUAUUGACUGUUCCGCUCGAGUUGAAAACGGGGAAGAACGCAAAGAUUGCACACCGGGCCCAGACUAUGCUUUAUACUCUUUUAAUGGCUGAUCGUUAUGAUAUUGAAUCUCUAUGCGGUGUUCUAUACUACAUGGAAAAGGCGGAAACCAUUAGGGUGCCUAAUCUCUCGGAUGAGCUACGGGGUUUGAUGAUUGGAAGAAACCAUUUGGCGCGAUACAUCUACGGCAAAAUCGAUCUCCCCCCUAUGCUCCAGGAUAAACGUAUGUGUGGGAGAUGCUACGCUAAAACUACGUGUUUUGUGUACCAUAAGACCAUGGAAAACGGGACCGAGGAGACUAGUGGCGUAGGCGAUGUUUUCACGAAGGAGGCCAGCCAUCUUAACCAAACACACGCCGAGUUUUUCUCUAAAUGGGAGACUCUACUUUCAAAAGAAGAAAAGGAUAUGGAGAGAUUCCGAAAGGAACUGUGGGUGAUGACUAGCGAAGAACGGGAAGCUGCUGGAAGAUGUUUUGGCGGGUUGAAGAUGAUACCUGAAUCUGCUCCUACAUCUAACGACAAUGUUUCAAAAAUUAAUCGGUAUCACUAUCGAUUUGUGAAACGAACGCCACCUCCUUCAUUUUCGUUCCUGGAAUCUCAGAUUGGAGUUGGGGAGGCGAUUGUUAUAUCGGAUGAGGAUGGUCAUUUUGCUCUUGCAAAGGGGUUCGUGAUCAAAGUCUCCGCUCAGUGGAUUAUGGUUGCUGUUGAUCGGAGGCUGCAUAAUUCGCGAGUCAAAGAACCUGGAUUUCAUGAAACGAAGAACCAAACCUUUUCCGCCAUUAUGGAGAUUCUAGAAGAUGGGUCGACUAAGCCGCUACCGCCGCUAAGUUCUCAAGAAGGACUUGUGUCAUAUCGUCUCGAUAAAGAUGAGUUUAGCAAUGGGGUGGCGCUUAUUCGGAACAAUCUGGUGGAAUUGGUGAAGGCUGAUGGAAACCCGAGGCUGCGGGAAGUCAUUGUGGAAUUGGCACCACCUGUUUACAAUUUAGAAUCAACGGCGUAUCCACUGCCGUCCGCGAGUCAAGACAAGAUUAACAUUGACCAGAAGAACGCCAUUGAGAAAGUUAUGAGUGCACAGGAUUAUGCGUUGGUGCUUGGAAUGCCUGGAACUGGGAAAACUACGACCAUUGCACAUAUAAUCCGCGCGCUUGUUCACCAGGGAAAGACCGUCUUGUUGACUUCAUACACGCAUACCGCUGUCGACAAUAUUCUUCUCAAAAUCAAGGACGACCGCCCAAUUAAAGUCCUUCGACUUGGGGCCACGUCCAAAAUCCACCCGGAAGUUCAAAAAUUUGCCGUUUUGGCAAAUACGCCUAAGAAGUGUUUUGAUGAGAUUCAAGACGCCUAUCAUAGCCCUCAGGUCGUUGCGACGACAUGCUUGUCUAUCAAUCAUGUUGUGUUUACAGAGAGAGUUUUUGAUUAUUGUAUCGUCGAUGAGGCUUCACAAAUCACUCUUCCGGUUUGCGUGGGACCCAUACGUAUGGCGAAGAAGUUUGUGCUUGUGGGAGAUCACUUCCAGUUGCCGCCGCUCGUUCGAAGUUCAGAAGCAAAGGCUGGGGGUUUGGAUGUGAGCUUGUUCAAACUUCUAUCGGACGCUCAUCCGGAUUCUGUCGUCAACUUAGAACAUCAGUACCGUAUGUGUGAGGAUAUUAUGGCUCUAUCAAAUCAUCUUAUCUACGAAGGGAGGUUGAAAUGUGGAACGGAGAAAGUUGCGAAGAGCAGUCUUCAUAUCCCGAAUAUCAAGGCUUUGGAGGCGUUUCAUAGGCCUUCUUCUUCUGGGGGAGUGGCAGAGGGAGGCAAGAUGUGUGGUGGUGAUGGAACACCUUGUUGGAUUAGGGAUUUGUUGAAGGAGGAUGUUAAGGCAAUGUUUUUGAAUACGGAUUUAGUGGCUGCGCCAGAAGAGAAGAAGGGAGAUCGGACGUAUAACCCUAUUGAAGCGGAGUUGACUCGACAGCUUGUGGAGGGAUUCCUUCGCUGCGGUGUCGAUGCCAAUGAAAUUGGUGUCGUAUCAGUCUACAGAUCUCAAAUCAAGGCGAUCCAGCACCUCCUUCAUGGCCACCCAUCCGUCGAAAUGCAUACGGCCGAUAAGUUCCAAGGACGAGAUAAAGAUUGUAUCAUUAUCUCACUCGUCCGGUCAAACGAUAAAGAGGUCGUGGGGGAGCUACUCAAAGACUGGCGAAGGAUUAACGUAGCGUUUACUCGAGCCAAAACCAAGUUAUUGAUUAUUGGGUCCAAGUCCACGCUUAAAACCAAUGAACUACUAAGGAAAUUUGUGGAAAUGAUGGAGAAGAGGGAGUGGUUGUAUGAUUUACCGGCUGGGGCGCAUUUGGGGCAUCAUAUCCCUAUAGCGCAGCCAACCCAGAGCAGUGGCAGUCCGAUGAAAGGUUUGAGUAAGGAACAGCGGAAGAGGGUGAUGGAGGAAGGAGAGAAUAAACGGCCUGUCAAUGUGCAGAGGCAAAGGAGUUUGGUGGAUAUGCUGGGAAAGAAAGGAAGUGGAGUGGUUAAACUUGGUGGAGGAGGACCCGGAAGGGGCACUAUGGGGAGGGGUUUAGUGGCCUCGAGGGGGGUGCUGAGGGAUAUUCUGAAUAACCUGAAUUGA